AUGGCGGCUAAAAGUGAAGCAAGACGAAAGUUGGCUCUUGUAAUUGGUAUUGGUAAAUAUGAACACUGUGACGAAUUAAAAAAUCCAGAAAAUGAUGCGAAUGAUAUGUCAUCGACUCUUGAGAGUAUCGGUUUCACUGUUGAAAAGAGACUACAUUUAAAACGUGUUGAUAUGAGACAUGCUAUUAUUGAUUUCGAAGAAUCAAUAAAGCCUGACGACAUGGUGCUGUUUUAUUUUGCUGGACAUGGGAUACAAUGGGAAGUAUGUAUUAAUGUUUUGAUAUUAAAACUUCGUCCUUUUUUCUAUGAUCGUUGUAUUUAUGGUACUUUUAGGACCAAAAUUAUUUGA